CAUGGCUGAAGGCAGAAACGCCCAUCGGAAAAUGUCGACAGAAUCGCAAGGCAUGACAACACAACAAUGCACAUAUUGGGAUGAGAUCGCAAACGACAGUUUAGGGAAGCAGACGUUAGUUAUAUAUCAUACAGUGAUAGAAGGAUAGUCAUUAUUAACAUCUUCAUAAUAUCAUAAUUUAAGUUGCAUGAAUACAAUGACCGAAUUCUUGAAAAGAGUCGUUUUUAAAGUUUUAUUAUGGAUCACGAUUACUCUAUAUAUAGACGCAGAAGAAUUCAAACGGGUGUGUUACUAUACGAACUGGUCCGAGAACAGAGCUGUAGUCCAGUCCAGAUUUCACCUCAAACAACACCUGGACCCCUCUCUGUGCACACAUUUGAUAUAUGCAUUUGCAAAGAUAAAUUCUACACAAUUCCGUCUUGAAUGGACUUAUCCUACGGAGGAUGAUGGGAAACUCCCUGGAUCAGGACUGAUGUAUGAUUUCACGGGUUUAAAAAAGAGAAAUCCUAACUUAAAGACCAUUUUGUCCAUUGGCGGUGAAACAUCGUCUGCCAACUUUAAUCUGAUAAUGGGAUCGAAUAAAAAUAUUCAGACGUUUGCGCAGAAUAUAUACAUAUAUAUCAAAGACCGACAUUUUGAUGGAAUCGAUGUUGAUUGGGAGUAUCCUGGCGUAACCUACAAGCAUGAGUUCGUCCAGUUUCUUAAGGUAUUGAGAUCAGUCUUCGCUGAGAAAGCCAGGCAGACCGGAAGUGAUGAGAAACUGAUUACAAUUGCUACAGCCCCUGGAGCAAGCAACAUAGAAACGUCGUAUGAUAUACCAGAAAUUAUUAAGUAUGUUGAUUUCAUCAAUGUGAUGGCAUACGACUAUUUUGGAUCCUGGAGUUCAGUGACUGGGUUCAUGGCGCCACUAUAUUCCCGAUAUUCAAACAAAAACUUCGAUCAUACAUUAUCUCAGAAUUGGACAAUGAACAAAUAUUUAGAACUUGGGGUCCCUCCUGAGAAACUGGUGAUGGGUCUCCACGGCGCAGGGGCAACUUUUACACUGGCCAAUAAUAGCAAGCAUGACGUCGGGGACGCGGUUUCUCAUCCCGGCAAUGAGGGAUCAUUGCUCAAACUGGAGUCCCGAAAAUCUUAUCCUGAGAUUUGCAUUACGACAAAAGAUGAAAUAGUUUUGGACCAGGAACAAAAACAAAAAUAUUCUUAUCACCAAUCUCAGUGGGUGGGGUAUGAAGACCCAGAUACCAUCGAAUUAAAGGUCAAGUACGCAAUUACAAACAAAUUUGGCGGAGUCAUGUUUUGGUCAUUGGAUUUAGACGAUUUCAACGGUAAUUACUGUCAUCAAGGAAAAUAUCCACUCCUCUCAAAAAUAAAAGUCAUUUCGCAAAAUCUGAGUCUGGUGCCAGCAACACAUGCCCCCAACCAAAAAUCAACAACUACUCAACAACCAACAACAGUAUGGCCGCCUAAAAACGACGGAUUCAAACUAUAUAUCAUCGACUCAAGGAAUGCUACAUCAACACGGAAAUUUUCGUAUAUCAUUUUAAUGCUGUCAUUGUGUGUUCUAUUCGUUAUUCAAUAAACUGAUUUCACACUACA